AUGGGCUCUUCCACCAAGAAGAAGAACGAGAAGAAGAAAGACUUCCAAAAGCCCAAACUAAAAGUCGGCAAGGCCCGUCCCAAGAACACGAAUGCCACAGACACCAGCUUCGCAGCCCGAUCGAUUGUGCUCAAGCAGCAGAGCCUGAGUGAAAGUGGACGCGAUGCCGUAGCUCUAUUCAACCACAAUCUGUCGCUUCUGAGCAGUAGAAACGAUUCGCAACGAAAAGAUGUCCUCACCUAUCUCACCAACACCGUGUCCGCAUCUCCGCAUUCUCUGCCACAACCCGCAUCAGUCGUAUUGAACAAAGCGCAACAUUUGAUCCUCGAUGCCAGUUCUUCGGUCCGGCAGCAGGUUCUCAAACUAUUCAAAGUUCUCCCCAAGAACCAGAUCGGAGCGCUGGACCAAGCACUUCUCUACACCCGAGCGGGAAUGACACAUCUCUCCGCCGACAUCCGCAAAACCUCACUCGAUGUCCUGGAUUGGCUUCUGGAAAUCAACGGAGAAGCGGUGGUGAGCGUUGCAGGCGGCUGGAUCAAAACGCUACAAACAUUUCAGAACCUCCUCUCAUGGCAUGGCAUUAUAGCGAAGAGUGCCACGUCCGACAAAUGGACAGCMGCGAAAUCCACCACAACGAAACUCGGCAGCAACAAACUCCUCAUCCACCAAAUCACAACUCUCGCGCAUUUCCUCCACGCGGGAUUGAGGCGCGCACCUCCAGAUCCCAAAGCAGAAGCUGACAGGGCUGCUACUCUCUUCCCUCUCUGGCAAUGCGAUGCGCAUUUACUACCCCAAAGAAGCAAUGCAUACGGCCACCUCAAUCUAUUCGGUGCGCCGCGGGAUGUGGAAGGAGAAGUGUACGAUGAUGCAGAGGAGCGCAUGAAUGUAUUUGUUGACUUGGGUAUGGAUGCUGCGAUUGCAAAGGGAGUGAUGGRGGCGAAGAGGGAGGGUGGGGAGCUGGGUCGAGCGGCGUCUAUGGUUGAUAAGGCGUUGAAGUUAGUGGAGCGGUCUGUGGGAUGA